CUUCAGAAAGCAUCAUCUCCGUUCCCACCAUCAUGGAGGAUGAUGACCAAGAGGUGGAUUCCGCUGAUGAAUCGGUUUCCAACGACAUGAUUGCUGCUACAGAUGAGCCUUCCAAGAUGUCCUCGGCGACGGGCCGGAGGAUACGGCGGUUCAAGCAAGAGUGGCUUAAGAAGUUUUGGUUUCUGCGGUACUCCCCGACGCUGAAUGAAAUGUGGUGCCACGUCUGUAGGCAGUACACGGUGCAAUCCUCUCGGACUUCAGCCUUCAUAAUUGGCUCAAAGCAAUUCAAGAUCCACACGAUAAAGCUUCACAGCCAGAGCAACCUCCACAAGAAGUGCCUGCAGCUUUACAAGCUCAGGAUGCACCCCGAGAAGACGGAAGAGAUGUGCCGAAACAUGACCCUGCUCUUCAACACAGCCUACCACCUGGCCCUGGAGGGCAGGCCCUACUACGACUUUCGGCCCCUGGCAGAACUGCUGAGGAAGUGCGAGCUCAAGGUGGUGGAUCAGUACAUGAACGAGGGCGACUGCCAGAUCCUAAUCCACCACAUCGCCCGGGCUCUGCGCGAGGACCUGGUGGAGCGCAUCCGGCAGUCCCCCUUCCUCAGCAUCAUUCUGGACGGGCAGAGCGACGACCUGCUCGCCGACACGGUGGCGGUUUACGUGCAGUACACGAGCAGCGACGGGCCUCCGGCGACCGAGUUCCUGUCCCUCCAGGAGCUGGGCUUCUCCACAACGGACAGUUACCUCCAGGCGUUAGACAGGGCCUUUUCCAGCCUGGGCAUACGGCUGCAGGAUGAGAAGCCAACUGUCGGCUUGGGCGUCGACGGUGCUAACAUUACCGCCAGCCUGAGAGCCAACUUGUUCAUGACAAUCAGAAAGACCUUGCCCUGGCUUCUCUGCCUGCCCUUUAUGGUGCAUAGGCCCCACCUGGAGAUUCUGGAUGCCAUCAGUGGGAAGGAGCUGCCUUGCCUGGAGGAGCUAGAAAACAACCUGAAGCAGCUGCUCAGUUUCUAUCGUUACUCCCCCCGCCUCAUGUGUGAGCUGAGGGUCACUGCUGCCACCCUGUGCGAGGAGACCGAGUUCCUGGGGGACAUUCGAGCAGUGAAGUGGAUCAUCGGGGAGCAGAACGUGCUCAACGCUCUCAUCAAGGAUUACCUGGAGGUCGUUGCCCACCUGAAAGACGUCAGCGGCCAGACCCAAAGGGCGGACGCUUCUGCCAUCGCCUUGGCUCUCCUGCAGUUCCUGAUGGACUACCAGUCAAUAAAACUCAUCUACUUCCUGCUGGAUGUGAUCGCUGUGCUUUCACGCCUCGCCUACGUCUUCCAGGGCGAGUACCUCCUCGUGUCACAGGUGGACGAUAAGAUAGAGGAGGCCAUCCAGGAGAUCAGCCGGCUGGCAGACUCGCCCGGGGAGUACUUGCAGGAGUUCGAGGAAAACUUCCGCGAAAGCUUCAACGGCAUCGCUGUGAAAAACCUCCGGGUGGCUGAGGCCAAAUUCCAGUCGAUCAGAGAAAAGAUCUGCCAGAAGACCCAGGUGAUCCUCGCCCAAAGGUUCGAUUCCCGCAGCCGGACGUUCGUGAAGGCCUGUCAGGUGUUUGACCUUGCGGCUUGGCCCAGGAGCACCGACGAGCUGAUGAGCUACGGGAAGGAGGAUAUGGUACAAAUAUUUGAGCACCUGGAGACGGUCCCGUCGUUUUCCAGAGAGGUCUGCAGAGAGGGGAUGGACACCCGGGGGAGUCUGCUGUUGGAGUGGCGAGAACUCAAGGUGGAUUAUUAUACCAAAAACGGUUUUAAAGACUUGCUCAGUCACAUUUGUAAAUACAGACAGAGAUUCCCCCUCCUAAAUAAAAUCGUUCAGAUCCUCAAAGUCCUCCCCACGUCCUCGGCCUGCUGUGAGAAGGGGCGCAGCGCCCUGCAGAGAGUGCGCAAAAACAACCGCUCCCGGCUGACGCUGGAGCAGCUCAGCGACCUGUUGACGAUUGCCGUGAACGGGCCGCCCAUUGCCAACUUCGAUUGCAAAAGGGCCCUAGAUAGCUGGUUCGAGGAGAAGUCGGGCAAUAGUUACGCGCUGUCGGCCGAGAUGCUGAGCAGGAUGUCGUCCCUCGAUCAGAAGCCGAUGUUGCAGAGCGUGGACCAUGGCUCUGACUUUUACCCCGAUAUUUAG